AUGGCAUCCUAUGAUGCAUCGGAUGCUGAUACCAUCGACGGUCUUCUUCAGUUUCCCGUUUCGAAACGAAAUCAUGCUGGCAAAAUUAUCUACGUCGACAAGAGAGCGCAAGAAGAAGUUAUACUCUACAAUUCUGACGGAUAUCGAGCAUUACUUGAUCUUAAAUAUGGACGAAUGGGCGGUGGUUAUGCCAUACCCGAAUUCGGACUAGCCUAUGUACGUGAUAUACGUUUCUUUCGUGAAGAUACUGACGAAUGCCGUCUGGCUGAUAUGAUGGUUUCUGCAUGCUACUGUAUGGCAGCAGCUGAACUUUAUCCAAAUCCGAGAACAACGGACGAGCAAGGUCUUUAA